UGGAAGAUGCUGCGUCAAGGCCAUCAACUGCGGGCGACCGCGGCCCGCGCGCUGUCGACGGCGGCGGCGGCACCAACGACGCACUUCACCCUCACUCCUCGCUUGAAGGAUGGCUCGCGUGAGUCCCGUCGCCUGCGAAAGCAAGGUCUCUUGCCUGGUAUCUUGUACGGCGAAGGUAUCAACGGCGACUCGACUCGCGUGCUCGUGAGCAUGAACCAAGUCGAUUUUGAGCGCGAGUACCGCAAGCUUCGCACCUCCAUGGGCAAUCAGGUGUACGAAGUUUCGACGGGCGAAGGAGGCCCUGUGACGAAGGUUCUGCUUCGCGACGCCACCUUGCACCCAGUGACGGACGUGCCGCAGUCCGUCAACUUUCUGCGCUACAAACCUGGCCGCAAGGUGCACAUCCCUUUGGACUUUUUGAACCAAGAGAGUUCGCCUGGUCUCAAGCGCGGAGGAUACAUUAACAAUGUUUACCACGAAAUUCCGUGCACGAUUGCGUCCGAGGCGAUCCCAACCAAGCUGUUUGUGGACGUGAAUGGCAUGCACGUGGGCCAACGCAUCUACUUGGAGGACAUCACGUUCCCGGAACAUGUGACGCCGUUGGUCAAGGCCAAGGCGGUCGUUGCAACUAUCGCUGGGAAGCGCGGGCUCAUCCCCAAGCCGGAAGAACCGAUUGUCGAAGUGGUCGAAGAAGUCGCUGUCGACGACGACGAUGAUGACGAGGACGAACCGAUCUUUUAAACUCAUAAUAGAUGUGUACACCUACCAUACAAACCAAA